UCUCGUAACUUCAGUCCACCCACAGGCACCGUGAGGAAUAGACAAAACUCCUGGAUACUUAGCUUUGGAUUUAGAGGUAGUUAGUUCGACCCCCGCCAUGGCCGCCGUGGAUAUCCCCUUGGCUCCCGUGAUGAACGCUCCGUUCGUGGAGCCUCCGCCUCAAUUCGUGAACCCCAGGAUGCAGCGGCUACUCAACCGGAAGCGUCGGAUGAACUUCUUCGACCUCGCGAACCUCCUCGACUCGGAUGGCAACUUGCAGAACGAGAUGAUGGUGUUCGCCUUCGCCGCCACGAUGCUCUCGACGAUCCCAGUCCUGCUGGGGAACGAGUUCGAUGUAAACGUCGGCCUUCGGAAGAAGCGGCAUGAUACGGGAGACCCCGUUGACUCCGACGAAAGCUCCUACCUCUCGUACGCCACACAGCCCGACGACGACUCGCAGCCUCAGCCGUUCUUCUCUGCCUCGACCUACAAGAAGAUCAUGACCGCUCCACCGGGCACGAAGGACUUCUCCCAUAUCUACAACGGCUCCAUCACAGCCCCGGAUCCCUUCGAUGCGAAGGACUCGGCGGCUAAGCACUACGGACAAGAGAGCCAUGUAGCCGAUGCUGACAUGAUGGAGCUCAUUCGAGAACUCCUGAUCUGGUCCCACGAGAAGACGAAGGACAAAACCCUCCUGCCGAUGCUCAUCAACCUUGCCUUGGACAGGUACGGCGGCAACACCAACCCCGCCGACAAGUUAGUGCGUGUGGCUUACAAAAAAUGGAAGAACUUCUGGUAGGCCAAACACACCUUUUACAUCUGAACAUUUUACAUAACGAACGCUUAAACAAUACUGUCAUCUCUGCUAUUCCAGCUGAAUUCUGUGUCACCGCUAAAGUUCGAUUCCACAUUCUCCUCUCCCGAAUCUUCCGUUUACUCCCCGGUGUUUCGCAAAAGAAAUGAAAAAUUCUUAUGCUCAAAUAUCUCUUUUUUUAUGCAAUGACAGCAAAACAAAAACACACAACUUUAGCGCUGAUUAUGAAUUCAGUCACCAUGUAUUUUAUAUAAUCAAAUAUGUGAUAUAUAUGUAUAUGUUAUUAGGGGCAUUAUGCAACCUCACCAAGAUGGCUGUUCAAAUUGACCAG